AAUUUUUGAAUAACGAUCAUUUCCACCGUUUGUCCUGACGAUUUCUUUUAUUCAAACUGUUUCUGAAUUCCUACAGAGAAGGAGGAUCGAUCCGUGUUGUGUGUUCGUGUUUUUGCAGUUUUUUUUUAAUUGGUUACAUUUGUUUAGUUCAUUUUUAUUUUUUAAAUAACGGACUUUGAAGAUAUUUCUUGUUUGUUUUUAAUAAUCUGUUAUUUCGAAACUACUUGUAAGAUAAUGGAUACAGAAAAUGCUGGAGCUCCAAACAGCCGAAUGGCAUCCUACAAACAUGGAGUCAAAAGUAAUGCGGAACUCCGCCAACGCCGACACGAAGUCACCGUCGAAUUGCGGAAAAACAAGAAGGAAGAUCAACUUUUCAAGCGUCGUAACAUCACCAGUGAAGAACCGACGGUAACUUCUCCGCUGCAGGAAAACAAUGCACAAAGUCCGAUUGCACUCAAGUUUGAGGAGAUUCUCACCUACGUCAACACUGGCAAUCCCCAUAAAGAGUUCGUCGCUAUCCAAACGGCAAGAAAAAUGUUGAGCCGGGAGAAGAACCCUCCCAUCGACAAGAUGAUCGGACUUGGUUUGGUACCAAUUUGUGUUAAGUUUCUGGAAUGCUCCGAUCGGGUUGAUCUCCAGUUCGAAGCAGCUUGGGCACUAACAAACAUUGCAUCCGGAACAACGGAACAAACCAAGGCUGUGAUAGAUGCAGGUGCUGUCCCGAAAUUCAUUACUCUGCUCAGUUCUCCUUCGAACAAUGUUGCCGAGCAAGCCGUCUGGGCCCUGGGCAACAUUGCUGGUGAUGGCUCAAAGGCACGUGACAUCGUUCUUAACUUCAACAGUGUAGAAUCGAUAAUCUAUCUGGUUCAAAACAGCAACACGCAGCUCUCUUUUUUGCGCAACAUCGUUUGGUUGAUGUCCAACUUAUGUCGUAACAAGAAUCCUCCUCCACCGUUCAAUCGAGUCGAACCAAUGAUCCCAAUUCUGUCCAAACUGUUAGAUCAUGAAGAUUCUCAAGUUCUAGCUGACGCCUGCUGGGCGUUGUCAUAUGUGACGGACGAUGAUGCGAUCAAAAUAGAGUCAGUAGUCGCAUCCGGCGCUGUCCCACGGUUAGUACGGUUGUUGGGAUGCGAGAAUCCUGCCAUUAUUACCCCAGCAUUGCGUAGCGUUGGAAAUAUUGUCACUGGAAGUGACACCCAAACGGAUGCGGUGCUCGCGGCUGGUUCAUUACCCUACCUGGGAAAGCUACUCCGCAACAGCAAAAACAGUAUCGUCAAAGAGGCGGCAUGGACAAUUUCAAACAUUACCGCUGGAAAUCAACAGCAGAUUGCGCAAGUCUUCGAUUCGGGAAUCUUCCAUCUGUUGAUUGAAGUUCUUAUCAAGGGAGAUUUCAAAUCGCAGAAAGAAGCGGCGUGGGCGAUUACGAACACCACCACCGGAGGUUCAACCGAACAAAUCAUCCACUUGGUUGAGAAGUAUCCCGUUAUGAAACCCUACUGUGAUCUACUGGAGGCUAAAGACAGUCGAACAGUGCGAGUCGUUCUCAGCGGAAUUGCUAACAUUUUCCAGUUUGCUGAGAAAAUUGGAGGAACAGAAAACUUGUGCACAUUAUUCGAAGAAAUCGGCGCGCUCGAUAAACUUGAAGCCUUGCAGAACCAUGAAAACGAAGAUGUGUACAAGAAGGCAUUCCAGCUCAUUGAGUCGUACUUCACUGAUGCGGACGACGUCAACCCGGAAUGUGCACCGAAGGAAAAGGACGGAGCCCUCGAGUUCAAUCCCGCAGAGCAACAGAAUGGCGAAAAGUUUUCCUUCUAGACCACCACAUUUUGCUCUCAGUACCCAUAUCCCCCACCUUAUUUACUAAGGAAUAGUGAGAUCAAGACUGGAACUUCAGUGUGCUGCCUUAUUUCUACGUACUGUGUUCUUCGUCCAUUUGGUCAUUCCCUACUAAUCGGUUGUAAGUAGCGCUCGUUGUACGUUCGCAAGUCUCACAUAAUCAUCCAUGCUUUCCGAAACGUAGCACCUGUUGUGUACGUGUUUUUAUAUGUUAAUUAAAUAGAUAGUUCUGUAUAAAAAAUCA